AUGGGGUGGAGGUAUCUGCUGUACACGCUCUGCUCGAUUACAGUGCUUGAGAGCCCGAAGUUUUUGGUGUAUCGCGGACGGGACGAAAAGGCCGUGCAAGUGCUGCAGAACGUGGCGAGGAUGAACAAGACAACGUGCGGGUUGACUUUAGAGAAGCUGGAGGCGUUAGAGAGCGGGUGGGAUUCUAUGAAUAUGGCCGGUAAUGCUCUCAACAAAUCCCUCCGCUAUACCUACCGCUCCUACAUCUACAUCCACCUGUCCGGCACCGUCGGCGUCCCGCUCGGCACACUUCUCUACCGCACACCGCACGUCGGGCGCAAAUACACCAUGGUUCUCUCCUCCGCGCUCAUGGCCAUCUCCAUUUUCAUCUUCAGCACGAUCAACACCGCCGCCAGCAACGUCGGGCUCAAUCUCAUGGAGUACUUUUUCCAGUCCAUGUUCAACGCUGUGCCAUAUGGCUGGACGCCUGAGGUGUUUCCGGCGCCUAUUAGAGGGACGGCGUGUGAGUCGCGAGCUUUUGGGGGAGGUUGUUCGGCAUUUGUGUUGUAUCUGGCGGGAGGUGUAACGUUGGGGUGUGUGGUUACGACGGCGUUUUUACCCGGGACGGUUUUGGGGAGACAGAGUUUGUGAGCGAACCUCGUAGCGUAGAGUUGGCUGCGUUCAUGUUUUAGGGAAGCGCAGUGGGCUUCGAACGUUCGCAGUGUUUGAGGGGUUGGGUGGUACCAAUCGAUCUUCCCCCCCACAGCUUUUCCGUCCAGAAGCUAAAUAGUACUGGGGUGAUAUACAACUCGAAGCAUCUCAGCUCGCAGCUUGGGGCCUAAACAAGGUUCCCUGUAUGUAUACACCACAACCCUAGUCGCUGUCAGACGCCGGCAAGAAGCGAGUACGGACGGCAGCCCUCGUCGACUGGAUGAUUCGCCUUCUAUUU